AGGUACUUGGUCUCAGGAUCCUUGUUCUCACACUGACCUCAUUCUUCAGCUGGAAAAAAUGGAUACACGUGAACUUGCUUGGAAGGAAUACAAGAAUCGUUUGCCGUCCCUGAAUUGUAAAAGAAUCAUGGUGGCCAAGCACUUCAAGACAGGAAAAGACAUGAUAUUCGUAGAAGGCCAAACUGUGUGGAUCAGAUUCAAGCUUAUUUGCCUCGAACUGAUGCUGUCGCAGUUCCGCAAGGGGAACGAGGCCGUUCAGCCUGUGGCGAUCAACAACAUUACCUUCCCUCCUAACGCACCAAGACCAGCGCCGCUCUCAGCACGGAAUGUGAGCCUGCACCGCAUGAAUGUCGUCAUGCUCCUUCAAGGGUUGACUCUGGUUGGUGCAGAAGGGCCACAACUCAAGUUUCGACAAGAUGCCGACCCCUCGGCAGGUCCACCCGGUCCCUCGCAUCUCCGUGCACCUGCCCUCCAAAGAGCAAGGCAACGAAGACUUCUUUCAGGUGAGAAACAGCAGCAGAGAUUUGAAAGCAUGAGCUAGUCGUUCUUCACUACAUGAUCGAACUCCAACCUUGACUUGACGACCCUCAUGCACCGUGAAUGUCACUGCAGUUGAGAGAUAUUUUGGGUUGACAACUCCCUGUAGCCAACAAUAGCUUCAAAGGUUUCACACUCAGUGCUGGACAGUGCAAGGGCAUCCCACUUAUACCUACCAUCAAAGGUUCCGACACAACUCGAAAACAUUUCGCACUGGUCUGGCACCA